AUGCUUCGGAGGCCCGGAAAUCUCGGCGAGAGCGAACAUCGACAUCGCGGCGCGCUGUCGGAUCCUCCAGCAGUCACGUCCAGCUAUCUUGAAGUGCGCGACGAGGGACCAUACGCGUCCGGUUCGAUGCCACUGCAGGGCGGGAAUGGCUCUUACACGCUUAUGGCGGGCGAAACAUUUAGGAGUUUGUCAGGAGGAUACGGAGGAAGCUCCACCUAUGGCAGCAGCGAUCACUAUGGGUACGAAGGAGUCGCGGGCGGUAGCCAACGUUCGUCGUCCAGUCGCGACACGCACUCGUUCUCAUACACUGGGUUCCAGAUGCCAUCGCCCGCUGACGAGUCUCGAUACCGAAUUGAUAGCCAGAUAGGCCAUUGGCUUGAACAAAUUCGCGGUCUUUGUGAAAGUCGCAAUCGCCUGUCGCCGAUCUAUAAACUCCCCAACGAGAUCCUGUCCUACAUCUUCUGUUACUGCAUGCCCUCUUCCAAGGAUAAUGCACAUGCACCCUCCAGCUACAUGUUCCUGGAGAACGCAUCCGAGCUUUGGCUUCGAAGUAACGGGGCGACCAAAACGGUCCUACCCCUUCUCGUCGAAUCAUCUCCCAAGAGGAACCCGCUCUCCGUGAAACCCAUCCUGCUCCCUGCCGUGCGGCGCAUCCGCUUCAACUUCGAACAGCGGCGACCGUCCCAAGACUUGCUCAGUCGCAUGCGAAAUCUCCUCACGAGACGUCACAAACUCACGAACGGAACCUUGGCAUACACGCUCUUCAACGGCAGUCUUCGAUAUCCCGAGUUGGAGAAACUUCGACAGGUUGCUGGCGGAGUGGAGCUCGUGGAGGAACUGUACGGCGCGGGAGCGCCCAGCGAUGGUGAACUGGAUCUCGGUCACGAGCAGGAGUCGGACGACGAAUAG